AUAAAUAGACGAGACAUUCUUGAAUCUUCUCGCUAAUUCACUGCAUCAAGAAGCACACACACUCAUUCAAAUCCAACGCGACAAGAAGUUCUCAACACCAUCUCUUCCCCCGUUUCUCUCCUCUCUCGAUGGCGCGUUACUACAACGGCAACAGCUACUACUCCUACUACGCCGACUACCUCUCCCUCCCGCCCUUGCACCUCUGCUUCUUCGUCGCCAUCCUCUUCCUCGUGCUGGGCUUCUCCUGGUACAUCAACUACGAGUCGGUGGUGGAGGACGUGAUGUCCCAGGUCAAGCUCUUCCUCAUGCUCUGCCCCGUGGUCCUGCUCCUCCUCGUCCACUUCCUCUCCAACGAGGAGGACUGGAACCGGGUGCCCUACUUCCUGGCCAUGCCGGAGCGGGACUCGCUCCACCGCGCCGGCGGGUCCCCGUGGGGCAUCGCGGCGGUGCUGGUGUUCCUGAUCUUCAUGGUGUCGUACCAGUCUUCGCUGCAGGAGCGCUGGUUCCCUCUCUUGUCUAGGUGAUUACGAGUCGAGUUCGAGUAUACCCGUGUGUUUUUCUGUGUAUUAUAAGCGUAAUUAGUGAGGGAGAGAUUAAUUAUGCGAGUGGAGUCGUGAGAGUGCGGGCCUGUUGGACUUUUUGUACGUGUACAAGCCAUGCUGUCUCGGAUCUGAUCUUCUAAGUCUCUGUAAAUUGUGGUCUGGUUCGGUUUGAAGAAGACAAGGAUAUAGCUCCGAAGUGUGUCUUCCUGAGCUUCUUGUGUUAAUUAAUCAGUGAUUCAGCUUAAUUAAUCAGGCGGAGUUCAUCGUGCUUUUGUUUUGGUUGUAAGCUGGGAUAGGAGAGGCCAAGAAGGGCUAUGGAUAUCGGCUUAAUUAAU